AUGCUAUCACAUAUCGUUGAGUAUGAAUGCCAAUAUACCGAUCAGAUUUACAAAAAGCGCAAAAUUUGGCAUGAUGGCAAACUAAAGUAUUUUCAAAUAAACAACAGAUUCAUGCUCUAUACGGAAAAGGAUAACAUUUUAUUAACUAGUGAAUUCAAAACAAGUUCCAAAGAGCUGAAGGCCAUUUUGAACCCGGAAGGGUUUGAUAUCGAAGAGCAUAGGAUUUUCAGUCAGUUUUUAGUAAUAAUCUCAGGUAUUAUCGACGAAUAUGAUAGGGAUAUUCAAGUAACAGCAUCUCACGUCAGAACAGAUCCUCCUAUUCUAUCAGUGCAAAAAAAGCAACCUGCUUCCUCAGAAUGUGUGCCUACUUUGAACCACAUUUCAACUGCAAGGGAGAUACAUUCAAAUACGAAAGUCACAAUUCCUAAAGACAAGCAGAAACAGGACAGUGGUGCUAGAGGUGGAUUCAACAUUAGCAAGCUUACUUUAAAGGUGAACAAGCCUUUUAAGAAGCCCAAGAGGAUAUUGAAUGCUAAUGUAGUGAAUGAGUUGAACAGGCCGAGUAUAAGGGAUAGAAGAAGUCCAGAAACGGUGCAACCAGAUGAGGUAAAUAUUGGUAUAGAGAAGAUACAUGAAGUUGAAAAAAUCAUGCUGGGUGAAGAUGAUAUUUUAAAAUGUCCAGGUGAGACAAAUCUGCAAGAUUCUAAGGGUACAGAUGGUUCUGAAAAGAAAACUGGUGUAAGAAUGGCGACCAAGAGUAAGAGAGGAAGUAGAAUACGAAAAAUCGUUCACGAACCACUCAAAAUUUGA